UCUCCAAUAAAUGGAUUCACAAACCCUAUCUUCUUCUUUCAACCUUGAGCUGAGCCUAAUCAGGGCAAGAAACAUUUUUGUCAAAACAAGAGAAGUUUUUGUGAGAUGCUAUAUCCCUACAACAAGCAACAAAAGAAUAAGAUUAGACAGCCAACAAAUCUCAUCACACUCCAACUUAACAUGGAACCAAACCUUUUCACUCAACUGCUCUGGCACUCCACAAACCAUUCAAUCACUCAAGCAAGGAACCAUUGUUUUCGAGCUACGGUGUAGAAGCUCGUCUACUUUGGUAUCAAGAAUGAGAGGCUCAAAGCUUCUGGCAAGGGCAGAGAUGCCAUGGAACGACGUCGUUGGCAUCCCAAAUGAGAAGUGGGUCGUCAUGACUGCGAAAUAUGGUUACGUGUAUACUGAUGAUGUCAAGCCCCCGGCUUUGCAGAUAGCCACCAAAGUUGAAGAAGUUGGAGAGGUGAAGAGAAGAAAGGAGUAUACAUGUGAUUGUAUGGAUUGUGGAUGCAAUUAUUGUGUAGAUUAUGAUUUCUUUGCAUUAGGAGCUGCUUUAAUUUGAAGGCUUUUUGAUAGAGGGAAGUGAGAUUAGGGUUUAGGUAUUAUACAUACUUGAACAAUGUUUUUUUGUGUACUAGGAAAAUAUACUUGUUUCCUAUUAAUUCAAAAUAUAUAAGUACCAUGUCUUCUGUAUAUA